AUGAAUAAGUAUAAUGGUAAACCGUUGGCAGUUUUGAAAGAAGAAAUUGAAAAGGAGUAUAUUAAAACACGCGAAGAAUUUUAUGAUGCAAGACAGUUAGAAAAUAAGGCACUUGUGCGUGAAAGCAGUACAAAAGUACAAGCUUUACUGCUUCAGUGCGAUAAAAGUGUCAAGGAAAUUCGUUCUAAUUUCAGGGGAGAUCCAUAUCCUCCUUUUGAAAACUUGCCUGUAACGAAGGUAAAAAGCAACACUAAUAAUGCAGGUCACUCAAAAGCUCCAGCGAAAGGAAGACCGCCUUCGCUUAAGAUUGAUUUAAAUGUUCAGGAUUAUUUAUCAACUACUCAUCGUAAAAAGCGUUCGGAUAAACGUCUGGCUAUAAGCAUUCCAAUUCAAAGUGAAAUUCCGAAAUAUGCAUUAUGGACUCCAAUUACAAGAAGUUCAAAGACAGAAGAUGAUCCUGUAUUGAGACAUCUCUACUAUUUUGGAGAAGACAGUGAAGACGAUGAUGACGUUGAUUAUUUUGAUGUUUAUGAAGAAAGCAUAGUAGGCAAAAAUGCAUAUGAUCUGGAAGCUAAAUUAGAAGGUCCAAAAUCGAGCAAAACAUCUACUGCACCUUUAACGACCUCAACGACCUCAAGGAUUGCACGACUGCCGGUAAUAGAAAACAGGGCUAGUCCUACCGAUAACAAUGAUGAGAAUAUGGAUGUUUCAUUUAUUGAGGUUACUCUUAAAGUGCUUGCAAAAUUUUUGAAAGGAAAAGAUAUCAAGAAGAUGGUAAGCACCGAUUUCAGACCAUCUGGAAACAAAAAACGCCCACGUCCUCCUAUCAGUAAAACCAAACCAUGUGGAUCGAAUUGCUAUAUUCAUUUCAAAGAAGACAGUCAAGAUGCAUAUAUGACAGACAGUUGGGAUGAUGUUGAAAUUGCACUAUUUGAGAAGGCUGGAUAUCUUAUGGGGAUUAAGAAUUAUUGCAGUGUAGCAACAAUAGUGAUGACUAAAACUUGUGAACAGUUACUCGGAGAGAUUGACAAAGAUGAUGAGCAUAUUGAAAUUGGUUCGUCAUCAGAUGAUCCACGAAAAAAGGGCAAGAAAAUGGCAAAAAUGGAAUAUCACCCAUGUGAUCACCCUGGAAGACCUUGUGAUACAUCGUGUCCUUGUAGACAAGGCAACGUCCGCGGCGAUUUCCAGGAUGCAACUGUACAGGCGCUGGGAAAUCGUGCAGCAAUAGAACAUGCGUUUGUUUUGCUAAUUACCGUGAAUGUGAUCCUGAUUUAUGCGGAUGUACAGCCUCAGCGUACAAUUGUUGGAAAAUCAACCGUUGCUGGCUGGGGUCUUUUUGUAAGAGAGCCAGUCAAGAAAAACGAGUAUUUGGGAGAAUACAUUGGCGAGGUACCUGAAAGUGAUGACGUUCAGGUUGUUGAACUCCAAGUUCCGUCUUCAACUGCCGAAUCCUCUGCAUCACGUUCUCCAAGUCCUGCUUACUCUACACACACUGCUAAUAACAAUGACAUAAUAGAAUCAGAACCCAUUCUUGAACAUUCGAAAGACACUGCUUCGACAGAUAACGAACCAGAAAAUGAUAAUGGCAAUAGCAGAUUUCCUAUAUUGAGCUCGACAAAGAAACAAACAGCACCAGCAACUUUGCCCGUCGUCACUGACGGAGUGUUCUCCAAUUUGUCGGCUAAGCCUGACACAGAAACUAAUAAAGAAGAUGAAAACCCACCAUCAUACGAAACUGCUGCGGCCGAUGCUACACCUCCAUACUGGGAAACGACUGUCAUUGCACCCGGAUUAUGCGGGGAUGAAGUCCUUGUAGAAGGUUUACCCGUACAAAAUGAAUUUAUUGAUAGUAAGUCAGCUAUGGAUUUAGCGGACAUAUAUAUAACGGAUUUUAAAAAUAAUAAUUUAUUAUAA